UGUUGUGGAGUCAAGGGGCUGAGAGAGACAAUGAUUUUGCGCUGUCUGGCAAAAUCACGCUCACACACACACAUUCUCAAACAUAAACACACACGACCACACUCCCUCCCACACUCCAUCAAUCUAGAAGCAACUGGGGCAGCGAGCAGAAGUGUGUCAGACGGGUACAUGUGCACAUCUACAUGUGUGAAUUUGGGUACUAGAAACUUAUUUCUGUCCAGAGACAUUUUCUUCUUUUUUUCUGUGAUACAUUCACUCUGUUAACACAGGACACUAGAAGAACAAAGAAGACAAAUUCAGUGUUUUGGUGGUUUGGCUUUCUCCAAAUUAGGUCUCCACAGAAGGAUUACGGAUUGUUAAGGACCCUGUGAAACCUUAUUUUUCUCUCAUGGUCACUUUUAUAUUUUUCCUGUAGUCCUGUACAUUUGCUCAAACAGUGCUUUACAACAUGUGCAGACUUUGGAGGAUAGCAGUUUUGCUUUGUGUCAAAUUGGUGGGCACUGCGAAUGGAAAUACAGGACUUGUGCCGGAAAGAGGGACUGCAGCUUCCUCCUGCUAUGGGGGUUUUGACCUCUAUUUUGUUCUUGACAAAUCAGGAAGUGUGCAGCAUCACUGGAAUGAAAUAUAUAACUUUGUGGAACAUCUGGCCCAUAAGUUCAUAAGCCCACAGUUGCGGAUGUCCUUCAUUGUAUUCUCCGAUCAGGGCAAGAUUUUGAUGCAGCUUACAGAAGACAGGGACCAAAUUCGUAAAGGUUUGGAGGAACUCAAGAAUGUCCGGCCAGGUGGAGACACUUUUAUGCAUGACGGCAUUCAGAGGGCAAGUGAGCAGAUUUACUAUGGUAACUCUGAGGGAUACCGCACAGCCAGUGUCAUCAUCGGCCUCACAGACGGGGAGCUGCAUGAAGAUCUCUUCUAUUAUGCCGAGAGAGAGGCCAAUCGCUCUCGCAGCCUGGGUGCCUCUGUGUACUGCGUAGGGGUGAAAGAUUUCAAUGAGACUCAGCUGGCCAAGAUUGCUGACAGCAAAGAUCAUGUCUUCCCAGUAAAUGACGGCUUUGAAGCUCUACAAGGUGUCAUUGAUUCGAUCUUGAAGAAAUCAUGCAUAGAGAUUCUUGCAGCAGAACCUUCCAGUAUCUGUGCUGGAGAGGCAUUCCAAGUUGUUGUUCGAGGAAACGGAUUUCUUCAUGCUAGAAAUGUGGACAAGGUUCUUUGCAGCUUCCGAAUAAAUGACACCCUUACCAGAAUGGUGAAGCCAUUGAUAGUGGAGGACACGUAUCUACUGUGCCCAGCUCCUGUUCUUCGAGAGGAGGGAACGGCAGCCUCCCUUUAUGUUAGCAUGAACGAAGGCCUGAGUUUUAUCUCUAGUUCUGUUACGAUCACCACUGUAAGCUGUUCUGAUGGUACGAUCCUGGCCAUAGCGCUACUGAUAGUGAUGCUACUGCUGAUUCUGGCUCUCCUGUGGUGGUUCUGGCCUCUCUGCUGCACUGUGAUUAUCCACGAACCUCCACCACCAAUAGUGGAAGAUAGUUCGGAUGAUGAAGAGGAUGGAACGCCGAAGAAGAAAUGGCCCACAGUCGACGCGUCCUAUUAUGGAGGAAGAGGAGUUGGCGGCAUUAAAAGAAUGGAGGUUCGCUGGGGUGAGAAAGGUUCGACCGAAGAGGGUGCUAAACUGGAAAAGGCGAAGAAUGCGAGGGUAAAGAUGCCUGAACAAGAGUUUGAAGCUCCUCCUUCUCGCAUCCUAAAUAAUGGCAUGCGGAAACCACCAGGCCCUCGCAAAUGGUACUCCCCUAUAAAGGGAAAACUGGAUGCAUUGUGGGUACUUCUGAAGAAAGGGUAUGAUCGGGUGUCCAUCAUGCGACCACAACCAGGAGACAAGGGUCGCUGUAUGAACUUCACCCGAAUCAAGUCUAAUCCUCCUCCACGGUAUCCAUCCUACAACCACCAUUCUUCACCCAUCUACACCCUCAACCCACCCCCUCCUCAGGGCCAGCUGCCCCCUCCUCCACGCAGUCCACCGGACUCCCUAUCCUCCAGUUUUCCUCCGGUACCUUCCACCCCUCCUCCUCUCACCAUCAACCCAUCUCCACCCAUUACUCCCCCUCCAUCCUAUUCUCCACCCCCCGUCUGGUCUUCAUCCCCUACCACCCUCUUCUUUUCCCCACCCACAUCUCUGGCCUCUCUUCCACCAUCACCUACUUCCUCCCUGCCCCCACCCCCUCAAGCCCCACCUCCAGGCAGAGCUCCUCCUCCAGAUCGUCCACCUCCACGGCCCUGUGUUUAAUGUGAUUGGACUACUAUGAGGGCCUAAAGAUGAAGACUGGAAGCAAACAGGAAAUUUACAUUUUCCACACCCUCCUCAAGAUUCCGUUGCUGUGUGGGCUAACGCAAUAAAACAUGGCUCACCUGUGGCAUCAAGGGCAUUCGCUCCCUGAAAUGAACAAUGAAAUGGAACACAAGCCUCCGUGAAACUCUAAAGGGAGAAACACUCAGAAUCACACACACUAGGCAUCGCAAAGAAACAGAAAAUUCACGUUCGAAGCUCCUUUUUCUCAGCAAGAGUGAUUUGUGAGUUUAACCAAGCUUCGAGAAUGGAAGCGGCUGGUUCUAUUAAUGGAGUCAUGGAUGUUUCACAAUUGCAUGCGCAUGGGACCAUCUCAUAAAGCAGGUUUCCACAAAAGAGGAAAGCUGAAACAAAAUAACCUUUCAGGAGCUUUCUUGUUCAGAACAGUUGAGAAAAUAUAUGCACUUUUGUAACUAGUGUGACGAUAUACAGGUCAACUUCCUUAAAAGGCAAAACUAAACAUUGGGUCUCAUUCGCCAACAUGACAUCAUGACUUUUGCGUAAACGAGUCAAGUGGCGUGUUAUCUCUACGCAUUUUGAGCUAUC